CGCGAGAUACCGGCUGUUGUGCGGCUUUGCCUAUUUGGCUUUUCAGCCGGCUGAGGCAAGCGCGGCGACGACGACGAGAAAAGCGGUAGCGGCAGCAGCUAUCCCGCCCUUCACCUGUCCGGCUCCGCUUUUCUCCGCUCCCGCCUCACAGCCCUACGUGCUGCCGCCGCCUCCUUCCCUCCCUCUCUGUCCCCCUACCUGGAUGGUCGGCGUCGCGGCGGCGGCGGCAGUGGGGCCUCCUCCUCCUCCUUGCCCUCCUCCCUGGUGCCUGCGGCGGUGGCGGGCGGGGGCUCCGCAGGGCGGAGUGUCGUCUGAGGCGGCGGGCGCUGAAUGAAGAUGGACUAUGACUUCAAGGUGAAGCUGACCGGGGAGCGCGAACGCGUGGAGGACCUCUUCGAGUACGAGGGCUGCAAGGUGGGGAGGGGGACCUACGGGCACGUCUACAAGGCCAAGCGGAAAGACGGGAAAGAUGAUAAAGAUUAUGCUCUAAAACAAAUAGAAGGUACUGGAAUUUCUAUGUCUGCAUGCAGAGAAAUAGCAUUGCUGCGAGAGCUGAAGCAUCCAAAUGUAAUUUCUCUGCAAAAAGUGUUUCUAUCUCAUGCUGACAGAAAAGUGUGGCUUCUCUUUGACUAUGCGGAGCAUGACCUUUGGCACAUAAUAAAGUUUCACAGGGCAUCUAAGGCAAACAAGAAGCCAGUUCAGUUACCUCGAGGAAUGGUGAAAUCUCUAUUAUAUCAGAUCCUAGAUGGUAUUCAUUACCUACAUGCUAACUGGGUGUUACACAGGGAUUUGAAACCUGCUAAUAUUUUAGUUAUGGGUGAAGGUCCUGAGCGAGGAAGAGUAAAAAUUGAUAUAUGGGCUAUAGGGUGUAUAUUUGCAGAGCUGCUAACAUCAGAGCCAAUAUUCCACUGCCGACAAGAGGAUAUAAAAACUAGCAAUCCGUAUCAUCAUGACCAGCUGGACAGAAUAUUCAAUGUAAUGGGAUUUCCUGCAGAUAAAGAUUGGGAAGAUAUUAAAAAGAUGCCUGAACAUUCAACAUUAAUGAAAGAUUUCCGAAGAAAUACGUAUACCAACUGCAGCCUUAUCAAAUAUAUGGAAAAACACAAAGUAAAGCCAGAUAGUAAAGCAUUCCAUUUGCUACAGAAAUUGCUUACUAUGGACCCAAUAAAGAGAAUUACCUCAGAACAGGCUAUGCAGGAUCCUUAUUUCUUAGAAGAUCCACUUCCAACAUCUGAUGUAUUUGCAGGUUGUCAGAUCCCAUACCCAAAACGUGAAUUUUUAACUGAAGAAGAGCCUGAUGACAAAGGAGACAAAAAGAACCAGCAGCAGCAGCAGGGCAAUAACCAUACAAACGGAACUGGUCAUCCAGGGAACCAAGACAACAGUCAUACACAAGGGCCUCCCUUGAAAAAAGUGAGAGUUGUUCCUCCUACCACUACCUCAGGUGGACUUAUUAUGACCUCAGAUUAUCAGCGUUCCAAUCCCCAUGCUGCCUAUCCAAACCCUGGACCAAGCACAUCACAGCCGCAGAGCAGCAUGGGAUAUUCAACUACCUCCCAGCAGCCUCCACAGUACUCUCACCAGACGCAUCGGUACUGAGCUGCACCUGAAUAAAGUCAAUGCACUGUUGCUAAGGCUGCAGGACUGGCCGUGCUGCUGUCUGCCUGGAACCUGGCUGUGGGCCGCAAGAAUGUACUGUAACUGUUGCAUUUUCAAAAUGUGUGAUAGCCAAGUUCCACUACUUUUCACAGGCUGGGAGUAGUGGCUCCCUCAGAUUGUACCCGUUUAUGGAAUUAGACUUGAAAAGAAAGUACUAGCACAGUUUGUGUUGUGGAUAUGCUACUUCCAUAGUUUACUUGACAUGGUUCAGACUGACCAAUGCAUUGUUUUCAGUGACAGUCUGUAGCAGUUGAAGCUGUGAAAUGUGCUAGGGGCAAGCAUUUUUGUUGUUGUGAUUUCUCUUGAUGUUAACAACGUUAUCUGACCAAUAGUACGCAAAAUCUCUUAACUGGUAUUUGAAGCAUACAGUAUAUGUUAAUGAGAUGAAAAACUAACCGUGGCUCCAAUUGAGAGAAUUUUGAUAUACAUUGAUUUUUAGUGACUUUUUUGUGGGUUGAUUCAUUUUCCACAUUGAUCAAUGUUUUAUGACCAACAAACUUGCUGCAAAGAGAUUUUUUUAAGACAUAAAAGAAACAUAAGCAUUUUUCCAGCAGAUUUACAAGACUCCCAAAGAUUAAUUUUUAACAUGUUUAUUUUGUUCUCAAAUCUAUGACUUGACUGGUAUUAAAGCUGCUAUUCGAUAGUAAAUUGAGUGUGUUCUUGAGAUAAAGCUGUUUGGUUCAGCAAACAAACUAAAAUGAUUGUCAUAGGCAGUGUUUUAUUUUUCCUGUUGGUGUUAACUGAUUUGUGAGCAUGCUUUGGAAUUACAAAAGCAUGAGUGACGUUCCCUGCAAAAAGCAAACAAACAGUGCGGCACUUGUUCAGAUAUUUUUGUCAUGAUUUUUGAGAGCUGGCUUGAUGUAGUGGAUUUUAAAUUUUGUUCAUUAUUUUUAAAUAUGUUCGCACGUUUGUUAGGGGCACCCUUAUUAAAGCAAAGGAUCAAGGUGUUAGGAAAACCUUAGAAUUUGAGGAAAAACUAUACCAUACAAUGUACUGUAUCAAACUAUUUUACAUGAAUGACACAGGUAUUCUGAAUUUAAAAGAAAUCAACAUUGUUAAAAACAAGGUAUUACGUAAUAAAAUUAUUUUUCAUAAAUCUG